AUGGAGGGCGGCGGCGGCGGGGAGCGCGGAGGCGGGGAGGAAGCGGCUAGGCCCCGGGCCUGCGCCUGCACCGGAGCCCGCUCUUGCCUGGCCUGCCAGGCCCGCCGACCCACCACCACGCCGACGCCGCCUCCGAAAAAUGCAAACUUUGUUUACUGCCCGACGACCGGCUUUGCUGUGGGAGAAAAGCCUUCCGGGUUUGCCGGCUGGGCCUUCCCGUUCCCGGGAGUGUGUUUGCUGGACGAUUUCGUCACCGCAGAGGAAGAACGGCACAUGGUGACACUUAUGGACCAAAGUCCUUGGAAGCCGUCGCAAUCCGGCCGAAGAAAACAGGACUAUGGCCCGAAAGUGAACUUCAAGAAGCAAAAGUUGAAGGCGGGAUGUUUCACUGGGUUGCCCAGCGGCAGCCGGGAAAUUGUGGAGCGGAUGCAAACUUUCUCGGUGCUCAAGGGCUUUUCCCCCGUGGAGCAGUGCAACUUGGACUACGGCCCCGAGAGGGGAUCCGCCAUCGACCCGCAUUGGGAUGACUCCUGGCUUUGGGGAGAGCGCCUGGUUACCUUAAACCUGCUUUCCGCGACCGUGCUUUCCAUGACUUGCGACUCGGAUGAUCCUCUCCCGUUGCUCUUCCUCCAAAGCGAACCCACGCAUGGCAACGCCCGGGACGGUCAACGGUGCGCGCUUGAAGAAUUCAGAAGCCCCGCAAACCCUUCUUUGCCGUUCAGAGAGGUCUCCGUGGCGAUAUCCUUGCCUCGCAGAGCUCUGUUGGUCUUGUACGGCCCGGCCCGCCACCGAUGGAAACACGCCAUUCAUCGCGACCAUAUCACGAGCCGCCGCGUCUGCGCGACAUUCAGAGAGUUGUCGGCAGAGUUCGGUCCCGGAGGAAAACAGGAAAAAGUCGGGGGGAAACUCCUGGAAACGGCGCUGACCUUCCAAGGAAGGCCUGUCUAAGUUUUACAGAGAAAGGAAUGAGAUUCUUGCUUCCAACAGACCUCACAACCUCUGAGGAUGCCUGCCAUAGAUGUGGGCAAAACAUCAGGAGAGAAUGCUUCUGGAACAUGGCCAUACAAACAUAUAACAACCCUGUGAUCCUGGCCAUGAAAGCCUUCGACAACAGAUUCUUGCUUGUUUUGCUGCUUCCCCAUUCCGGCACAUUCUGUACUGGGUUUUAUGAAUUAGUCUCCUGUUUUAAUAUUGUAUGCUUCAUGUCGAUUUUAUCGAUUGUUUUACUGAUAAUUGAGGUUUUAUUGGUAUAAUUGUUUUAUUGUUGUAUCAUUGAUAUUUGAUUGUUUUAUCAGGCUAGGCCCCAUGUAAGCUGCCCCGAGUCCCUUCGGGGAGAUGGGGCGGGGAAUAAAAAUAAAGUUGUUAUUAUUAUUAUUA